AUGAUUAACGGAGUGGCGGGAUUUAAGGACGUUGUCGAUCAGAUGGUCCAGAGGUACGACGAAGAAAUCCACAGACUGAAAAGUGAAAACUGUCGGUUUCGAACUCUGUUGAAGGAGAAGGAAGACCUCUACGACCAAAUCAUUGAAAAUUUCGACAACAUGAAUCAUCGAACCAUUGCUAAUUACCAGGAGCUCAAAGCAGAAAAGGACUUACAGAUUCGAGAUCUAACGGAGGAGCUGCAAAGGCUUCAGUGCGAUAAUGAAGAAAAGGAUAUACUAAUUGAAAGUCUUAACGCGGAAAUCUCUCAACAAGAGAGAGAAAACGGAUUAAUAAAGGACCUUGAAGGAGAAAAUAUGGAAAUGAAGACUCAAAUUGACCAGCUUAGAAUAGAAAAAGUAGAGUCUGGAAAGAUAAUUAACGGUUUGAACAUGGAAAUCCAGACUUUGCUUAAGGAAAACGAAAAAAUGGAAGGUCAGGCAGAUGACUUGAAAGAAGAGCUGGCUAAUUGUGAAACUUUGAAUUAUGAAAAGGACUUGCUGUGUGAUGAACUAAGAAGCGAAAAAUUGGAACAAGACCAUAUAAUUAGCAGUCUUAAGAGGCAGGUACAGAACUGUGAAGAAGAAAAUAAAAAGAUGAAAAACGAAAUGGAAGAGAAGCUGGCUAAUAGUGAAGCUUUGAAGAUUGAAAAGGACUUGCUGAUUGGUGAAUUUAGAAUCGAAAAAUUGGAACAAGAACAUAUAAUUAGCAGUCUUAAGAGGCAGGUCCAGAAAUGUGAAGAAGAAAAGGAAAAGAUGAAAAACGAAAUGGAAGAGAAGCUGGCUAAUAGUGAAGCUUUGAAUAAUGAAAAGGACUUGUUAAUUGGUGAAUUUAGAAAGGAAAAAUUGGAACAAGAACAUAUAAUUAGAAGUCUUGAGGGGCAGGUCCAGAAUUGCAAAGAAGAAAAAGAAAAGAUGAAAAACGAAAUAGAAGAGAACAGAGCUAAUUUUGAAGCUGACAAUUAUGAAAAAGACCAAAUGAUUAAUAAGCUCAGGAUAGAAAACCUGGACCGAGAAAUUAAGAUUGACCAUUUCAAGAGGACGGUCCAGAAUUAUGAAGAAGAAAAUGAAAAAUUGAAAAGGGAAAUGAAAGACCUGCUGGCUGAUUGUGAAGAUUUGGACCUUAUGAUUGAUGGACUAAGAAACGAAAAAUUGGAGCAAGAAAAUACAUUUUGGAGUCUUAUGAGGCAGGUCCAGAACUGCGAAGAAGAAUAUGAAAAGAUGAAAAACGAAAUGGAAGGGAUAGAACAAGGAGAGUAUGGAAAUAUGAUUUGCGAUUUCCUUGAAUUACAGAGAGCUGAGAAAGAGAAAGAGAUACAAAUAAGAAAAAUUGCGGAAGAAAUAAGUAAUCUGAAAGACGUGAUAAGGAUAGCGAGACCAGAACAAGAAUCAGAAUUGGAAAGAAAAGACGAGCAGGGAACGAAGACCCAAGAGGAAGAGGAAACUGGAGAGAAGGACGACGCCGAAGAAUCAGACGAUAGCGACGAAUCAAAGGACGAAAGCUCCGACGAGAAUCAGCCAGGAGGAGAGGAGGAACGCGUAGAAGAACCAGAAGAGGAAGACACCUUCGAAGAAUCUGUAGGAGAAAAUGGCGAUAAUCAGUCUGGCGAGGAGGAAAGAGUCGAAGAAUCAGGAGAAGCCAGCAAAACACAAGUAGAAGAAAUAAAUCAUGAUGGCACAGAGGAGACUGAGCUGGAUAGCUUCUGUUCAGAGUCUGAACAAAAGUUGGGCUUAGGACACAAAGCCCCUGAAGCAAAGGAAGAGGAAGAUGAUAUGAGCCAGGAAGAGGUGGAAGAAUUAUUAAAGGAAAUAAGAAAACUGAGAGAGGAGGAAAAACUCAUGUGGGAAGAGCUAUUACAGCGGAAGAAACUGGACGAGGAUAAAUGUCAGGAAUCAGAAGACAAUGAUUCGGAAGACAUUUUCCUUCAGUCGAUGGUUAAUGGCCCUGAAACACAAGGGAAGGAGGAUGUAGGGGAGCAGGGCCAGCAAGAGCGAACGAGAUGUCAAGAUGAAGAAGAGGCGACAGCAUGGCAUGAAUUAGAGCAGGAAAUAAUAGGAAUGAGAAUGGAGCAAGAACAUAUGGCUAAGGAGAUGUUGGAGCAGCAGAAAAAGAGGGAGGAGAUGGAGAGCUUAUUACGAUUUAUUGGAGGCGAUACCCAAAUGAAGACCAGCAAUAAAAAGAAACAUAGGAAAGGGAAUAAUAGGAGACGAUACCAAUGGAAAUAG